AUGGAUGCCUAUUUUGAGCAUGUAGACGUGCACAAUGAAGCUGCCAAUAUCAGAACAACACCCAUGUAUUUGACGGAUACAGCCAUGCUGUGGUGGCGCCGGAAGAAGGCAGACAUGCAAAGGGGAGUUUGUUGCAUUGACAGUUUGGAGCACUUCAAAGUUGAGCUCAAACGUCAGUUCUACCCUCAAAAUGGGCAGAAGCAGACGAAUCCAAACAGAGGCAGCGACACGAGAAGCAACACUCGUGAUCCACCUUCUAAUUUCCGGAAAAAUUAUGAGGACCGCAAGAAGGGUGCUUCUCAUCGGGAAGCAAAAGAGAAAGCUGCAACGCCAAUAGGAAGUUCUGCCGGGGAGCAACGAGGGCAAAGUAGCGGGUCAGACAAGGGCAAGAACGUUGUUGUUGGCAUGUUCAAUCACAUGGCGUUGAUAAACCAUAUUUCUAUUGCUGCUUUGGCUGCCAAACCAGCUAGUAUCAAGCCGAGGGAAUCCCUAUUCGUUUAUGCCAAAUUAAAUGGCAAGAACGUGCGGAUUAUGGUGGACACCGGGGCAACACAUAACUUCGUGAUGGAGCAGAAGGCCAAGGAGCUCGGCCUUAAUUAUGGUGCAAGCAAUACCAAACUGAAGACAGUCAAUGCCACUCCCACUUCCGUCCAUGGCAUUGCUCCUAAAGUCCCCAUUGAUUUAAGAGAGUGGACAGGGCAGACUGACUUCACCAUUUCCCCCAUGGAUGUGUUUGAUGUAAUCUUGGGGCUGGUUUUUUGGUAUAAAGUCAACACAUUUAUCUCCCCGCGUCAUAAUCAGUUGCACAUCAGCGACACCGGAGGUUCGUGCGUGGUACCCCUUAUUCGGGUACCACAAAAUGGGAUGCAUCUAUCGGCAAUGCAACUUAUUAAGGGUGUUAAGAGAGGCGAACCAACCUUUCUUGCUACCCUUGUUGGAGGCGUCGAAGACUUCCCCGAGGCAGUUCCAUUGCCGCAUUGCAUUGAGAGGGUCCUUAGCAACAACAAGGACGUGAUGCCAGAAGAGCUUCCCCAACGGUUGCCACCCCGAAGGGAAGUUGAUCACCAAAUUGAAUUGGUUCCCAGGGCAAAACGGCCUGCCAUGACGCCUUAUCGUAUGGCGCCCCCAGAACUGGAAGAGUUGAGGAAACAACUCAAGGAGUUGCUUGAUUGUGGACACAUCAGGCCGUCCAAGGCGCCGUUUGGUGCACCUGUUUUGUUCCAAAAGAAGAAGGACGAGACACUUCGUUUAUGCAUUGACUACCGGGCCCUCAACAAGGUUACGAUAAAGAACAAGUACCCCGUUCCCUUAAUUGUUUAUUUGUUUGACAGAUUGGGACAAACCAAGGUGUUUACGAAUAUGGACUUGAGAAAGGGUUAUCACCAAGUACAGAUUGCCGAAGGUGAUGAACCAAAGACUGCUUGUGUAACGCGCUAUGGUGUAUUCGAGUGGCUGGUUAUGCCCUCUAGGUUGACGAAUGCACAGGCAACGUUCUACACCCUGAUGAACAAAUUGUUCCACCCAUACUUGGAUCAGUUUGUGGUUAUUUACUUGGACUACAUCAUCGUUUAUAGCAACAGUAUGGAAGAUCAUGUGGACCACUUGUGCAAAGUGUUCAAAGUCUUGCGCGACAACAAACUGUACGUGAAGCGAGAGAAAUGCAGCUUCGCCAAACCGACUGUCCAAUUCCUCGGGCAUUCAAUCAGCCACGUCGAGAUACGAAUGGAAAGCAACAAGGUGGAUGCUAUCAAAAAUUGGGAGGCUCCAACGAAGGUACCAAAAUUGAGGUCCUUCCUUGGCCUUGCCAAUUACUAUCGUCGCUUAAUUUUCAACUACUCAGCAAUUGUAGCUCCUCUCACGGAUUUGCCGAAGAAGGAUCGUGAUUGGAAUUGGUUGGAGGCUUUUCAAGCUUCCUUCGAGAGGCGGAAGGCUGCUGUGACGAUAUAG